AUGACCUCCUCUUCUCAGGUGACUUUACGUGCAGAUCCAAGAAGCGGGAAAUCACGCCUUUGUAACGUUCUCCCGGCAGCUUCUCUGCUAUGUCUACUGUUUCUCAUACUCACCUUAUCAUCAGAGUACAAAGAAGAGAAAUCAUCACUUUGGAGAGUCACAAACAGCUUGCAGAAUCUAAAGAACAAAUGCAAGAAUCAAUACAGGCCUUAUGGAAUUGAGGCAUUGCCUCAAGAUAUUGUCUCCAAGACUUCUAAUUUGGAAAUGCGGCCCUUAUGGAAUGAAAAAAAGAAACGCUCAAAAUCUUCAGUUAACUUGUUGGAGAAGAAAGGUGCAAAUUCAACUAAUUUAUUUGCGAUGGCUGUUGGUAUAAAGCAAAAAGAUCUUGUCAGUAAAAUGGUCAAAAAGUUUCUGUCAAGUGGUUUUGUUGUGAUGCUUUUCCAUUAUGAUGGUAUCGUCGAUGAGUGGAAGGAAUUUCAAUGGAAUGAUCUUGUUAUUCAUGUAUCUGCAAUCAAUCAAACUAAAUGGUGGUUUGCCAAGCGUUUCUUACAUCCUGAUAUAGUUGCUGAGUAUAGUUACAUUUUUCUCUGGGAUGAGGACCUUGGAGUUGAAAAUUUCCACCCCAAACGGUAUGUAUCCAUUGUUCAAAAGGAAGGCCUUGAGAUAUCACAACCAGCACUAGAUUAUUCCAAGUCAGAGGUGCAUCAUCAAAUUACUGCACGUUUGAGAGGAUCGAUAGCACACAGAAGGACUUACAAGGCUAGUAACAAUGGGAACGGUUGUGAUGGAAGCAGUACAGCUCCCCCUUGCACCGGGUGGAUAGAAGUGAUGGCUCCUGUUUUCUCGAGAGCUGCCUGGCGCUGUGUAUGGCAUAUGAUCCAGAAUGACUUGAUUCAUGCAUGGGGCCUGGAUAUGCAGCUUGGCUAUUGUGCACAGGGCGAUCGAACUAAAAAUGUUGGUGUUGUGGAUGCUGAGUACAUAAUCCAUUAUGGUCGCCCUACAUUGGGAGGCUCAGAUGAAAAUGAGGAAUCAUCAUCAAAAUCUAGUGGAAAGGACCAUAGAGUUGAUGUGAGGAGAGAAUCUUACAACGAAAUGAAGGUGUUCAAAAGGAAAUGGGAACGAGCUGUCAAGGAUGAUAAAUGUUGGAUUGAUCCAUACAAUGGAAAUGUAAAUGUUGGUAUAGGGAGGGGGUAUGAGGAGCAAGAUAUCAAACCCCCUCCCCUCUUGUACUUCAGUUCAGUGAGUAGUGACAGUGAGAAGAGCAUAUCACAUUCGUCAUCUUUUUGUUCUACUCGAAGGUGUUGUGCACUGAAGUUUUGGUGGUAA